GCAGGAGAAGGUUUGAUAGAUUGACAGCUCUGAAGAACUAAUAGUCGUCGCCUGUUCCCCAAUGGCUGAAAACAACUUCCCUCCUCUGCCUGGCUUCAUUCCUCUACGGCCGUGUUUCCAUCAGGACUUUGAGGAUAUCCCGGACCAGCACCGCACCAUGUGCAAGAGACUGUACUACCUGUGGAUCUUGUACGGCUCCACGCUGCUGGUGAACUUCUUCGGCUGUAUGGCGUGGAUGUUCGGGGGAGGAGGAGUGACGAACUUCGGCAUGUCCAUCAUCUGGGUCGUCCUCUUCACGCCCUGCUCAUACGUGUGCUGGUUCAGGUCCAUUUACAACGCCUUCAAGACUGACAGCUCGUUCUACUUCAUGGCUUUCUUCUUUGUCUUCAUGGCACAACUUUUUAUUUCUAUAAUUCAGGCCAUUGGUAUUCCCGGGUGGGGUGUUUGUGGCUGGCUGGGCACCAUCUCCUUCUUCGGCACGAGUAUCUUCGCCUCCAUCAUCAUGCUGAUCCCCACGCUCAUGUUCACCGCCGUCGCCGCGCUCUGCUUCAUCGCGCUCACUAAGGUUCAUAACUUCUACCGCGGCAGUGGCGGGAGCAUGAGUAAAGCGCAGGAGGAGUGGGUCUCCGGCGCCUGGAAAAACCCUCACGUUCAGCAGGCAGCGACGCAGGCAGCCCUGGGGUCCUUACAGGGCCCUCAGACCCCGCAGACCCCACAGUACUCCACGCCCUCCUACGACAACACCAUGUGAAGCACCAACACAACCAGUCAUCAGUAGAGCAGGGGUGUGUUUCCCCAAAGCUUCGUUAAAGGUGCUGAAUAUGUAACGUUUUCACUCUACUAAAGCAAUAUGUUUCCAGAUUUUAGG